AUGUCAUUUUCUGAUUGCCUCUCCCAGUUUUAUUUCUGUUGUGUUACAGUAAUAUUGGACAGCCUUCUUCUAACUGUGAUGUCCUAUGACAGAUAUUUGGCCAUCUGUAAACCAUUACAAUAUUUGGCCAUCUGUAAACCAUUACAUUAUAGUAUGAUAAUGAAUCACCACUGCUGCUAUAUGCUGAUUAGUAUCUGUUGGUCUUUAAGUUUUCUAACUGUGCUGCUGAUGCAUACUUUAAUAAUAGCUCACUUGCAGUUUUGUGGUCCCAACAUUAUUGAUCACUUUUUUUGUGAUCUGGAUCCAAUUCUUAAACUCUCCUGCUCCGAUAUGGCAAUUAUUCAAAUAGAGAUAAUGUUGUUGACGGUUUUAUUUGAUGUCAUCCCAUUUUUUAUUGUUGUUUUAUCAUAUAUUAUUAUCAUAGUCACCAUUCUUAAAAUCCCAUCUAUUACUGGAAGGAAGCAGGUUUUCUCUACAUGUAGUUCCCACCUGACUGUUGUCUGUGUCUAUUAUGGCAACCUAGCUUGUGCCUAUUUGGUACCUAGUAGGGAACAGUCAGGAAACAUUACUAAAUUCCUUCCAUUGUCUUAUACCAUAGUUACUCCACUGAUUAAUCCAGUUAUAUAUACUUUAAGGAAUAAAGACCUGAAAAAAGUAUUGAACAUUUUUUUAAACAAAUUUCUGUAUGAGCAUUUUGGUAGUAGUUAA